UCUUGAGCGGAGAGGCUCCUCCCUGGGUCGGGAUGAUCCCGCCCCCUUCUGGGCUCCGCCUGAUGGGAGCCACACCCCCUCCUUUCUUAGUCUCCUCCCACCCGCCUCCAGUCCUGCUGGCGGCGUCCGGGUGGCAGCUCACCUGCGAGCCGUGUUUGCCCAUCAUACGGAUACCUUUCAAACCAGAGCCGGCAGUCUGUCAGUGGGAGUUGCCAUCUCAAGUCUCUGACAGGACUCUUCAGCCAUCAGGAGGCCUGGAUUUGGUCCCUGUGUUCCCCCAUGCUUUCAGCUCACUCCUGCCUGCUCCGUUCAGGAAGGCAUGGGUCGAGAAAAGGAUUCCAGACUACCAGAUUUACCUGAAUAACACACUCGCCCUGGACUCCGCCUGGAUUGGCCCUGAGGAAAUGGGAAUAUUCCAGUGGCAUGGAAAACCACUGCUGAUGACAAAUCAAGUGGCGGUGAACAUAUUGAGGCCAACGGCAGCCUGCAGGAAUAUGCAUGCUCUCUGUGCGUCUCCACAGCGUAUAGCAGGCUGUCCAGUGGCUAUCAAGCGAGUGGGCAGCAACAAGAGGAUUGCCCUGGCAGCGACGGCCAUGAUAGGGGUGGAGACAGAGGCCUCUUACGGACCUCCGCCCUCCUCCACACGCCCUCUCCACCUUCUCGCACUCUCUCCAGUCAAGACUCCAACGCGCCCUCCACCUGGGUCAGGGUCCCGGUCCAGGCAGGCGGUCCCGGUGACGGCAAGGCAAGUUGCCACGGUAACGUCGCUGUGUCCACCCGCCAUGACGUUCAUGGCCACCGACUGGAUAGGUCAAACAGCACCAGAUAAGAGUUUAGAGAUGAAGAGAGCUUCACGUGCUGGGACACUGAACCGGGGAGAUCAGAAGCCUAACUCAGCCGGGCAGAAAAAGGGGAAGGAUCGGCCAGUUGAUAUCUCCAUGGAGGUGGAAGGCAUCCAGAAAGAGGAGCGUCCAGUGGCUUCCACGCCAGUCCCAGGAUCGCCCUGGUGUGUAGUAUGGACCGGGGACGACAGGGUUUUCUUCUUCAAUCCCACAAUGCAGCUGUCUGUUUGGGAGAAGCCUGUGGAUUUGAAGGGCCGUGGAGAUCUCAAUAGGAUUAUUGAAGAUCCUCCACACAAGCGCAAAAAGGAAGCAUCAACAAAGGAGGGCUCCCAGUCCACCUCAACUGAUGAUGAGAGCGAGGGGCACAGUGCAAAAACUAAACGCAACAAAAUGGAAGAUUCUGUCCGGGAGAAGGAAGAGGAAGAACUGUGUGCCAAAAUAUCGGCUCAACACACCACUCCACCCCUUGAAGUGCGCGUCUCUCACUUCAGGGACAUGCUUCUUGAAAGAGGGGUGUCAGCCUUUUCAACAUGGGAAAAGGAGUUACACAAAAUUGUGUUUGACCCUCGAUAUCUGCUACUGAAUUCAGAAGAGAGAAAACAGAUUUUUGAUCAGUUUGUCAAGAUGAGGGUAAAAGAAGAAUAUAAGGAGAAAAAGAACAAAUUACAACAGGCCAAAGAGGAAUUUCGGAAACUUCUUGAGGAGUCCCGGAUUACAUCAAGGUCAACAUUCAAGGAGUUCUGUGAGAGAUAUGGAAGGGACCAGAGGUUCAGACAGGUGCAGAAGAAGAAGGAUCAGGAGCACUUCUUCAACCAGUUCAUCAGCUCACUCAAGAAACGAGACAAGGAAAACAGACUUCGUCUGAGGAGAAUGAGAUGA